ACAGAGAAAAUGUUGAAUUAAAUUUUUUAAUCUUUUUUUUCUCUUUUUUUAAGUAAUCAUUCAUUCAUUUCAAGGUGUGGCCUAGUUUUUCCAAUACAAUUUUGGUUUGUUCAUAGGUUGUAUCUGACACAUGUCAUUUACUGUACUAAAAGAGGAGGGGCGGUGAUUUUAUCAGGGGGACUUUCCUUCGAGGAAAACAAACUUAUGUGCGGAAGAGCGCAAAACAGUACAGUACACAGACCUUUGACUCUGUGGAUACCAGCCAGACGGGAUAGGUUACUUUCGUUUUCUGUCAUGCGAAUAUUCUGCAAAACACGGUCGAAAUAUGACAUCAAACCUUCAGAUAAAUCCGAAUUAUAGCCAGCUGGACGAAACAACGUCAGAAAACAAACAUGCACGAGGACAGUUAUUCUUUUUGGUUCUGACUUUAUUAUUAGGCACGGAGACGAUUAUCACGGCUUUUCUGCUUUACAACUUUUCGGAGGAUAUUCAGAGAACAGAUCAAGCAGGUAGAGAUGGAGGAUAUCCACUGCACUGUCUCUCCACAGAUCUUACCCAACAGACAGAUCAAGUGGGAAUCGCAAGUUGUGACUUGUUUAACGAAGAACUGAAGCGAAGUGCACAGCAGAGGUUGUUGUUGGUCAUACAGAAUUCACUGCUGGAGACUUUAGGAGAACACAACAUCACUGAUGUUUUCAAACCAGCCGUGCACGUGGGAGCAAAACAAGAACUUAACCAGUUCCAGGGGCUGCAAAAUGAUGAUUCUGCAGACGGAGUUCCUGCACUGCAUCGUAUUCAGUGGGAUAAUAACAUGAGCGGUCACAUCAGUCAGGAGGGCUUAAUGGGCCUCAGUCCUGACGGAGAGAUUGUGGUACCACAAGACGGAAUUUAUUUUGUUUUCUCCCAGGUUCAUUUCGAAAUACAGACAGGACAAGGUCUGUACUUUACGAGGUACUUGUACAAGAGGACAGCGUCAUAUCCAAGGCGAGUAGUGCUCGCAAAAGCAGUGGUCAGUCCGUGCUCAAGCGGCAGCUCCGGUGUACAGCUUUAUUCCAGUCACCAGGGAGCGCUGUUCCGCUUAGAAAAAGGCGACAGGCUUUCCUUGUAUGUGCAGAACAUAAGCGCUGUGCGCUUUCCUCGGGAGGCCACUUAUUUUGGUGCAUUCAUGAUUAAUUGACAUUGCUUUUUAUACAUGUUUGACAGGUAUACGUGAAAUUAAUAUUAAAUUUGCAGUGUUAUACACAUUAAAACUAUAUAAAGCUUUAAAGACGUUUAUAUUUGCACUUUUAUUGCAAGUUCAUACAUCAUGGAUGUUCUCAGUGAUUUAUUUAUGUGCCUUUAGAGUACACACAGAAACAGAUCCUGACCUCAUAUGAGAUAUCCUUGCAAUUCUGUAGCUUAUUGUUUGAUUCUCACACAAUUCUAAAAAACGUUUGGAUCUGCUAAAACUCGUCCGAUAAAAAUGUCCAAACUUAAUCAAAAAUAAUAUUUUUUAAGACCCAAUGCAUGUUUUCAUAUUAAUUGAGCAGCUGAAUCAGUUGUGUGACUUAGUAGUAUUGCAACAUGCAACUAUUGUUCUAAAUGUUCUUUUAUGUUGCAUUACAUUAACAAUAUCUUUUUGCGGACUGUAUUUACGACUCCUGUGCAUUAUUUCUGCUUUUUGUACCAUUUGUGGUGCAUUUUCCAUAAACUGUUCUUUGUAAUCUCAUGCACAAAAUAAAUAAAAAUCCUAAACUGUU